AAACGAAACGGGCGCUUGGAGAUAGCGAUGGACAAAACCAACCAUUCCACUCUCGCACUCCCUGCCGCCAGAUCACCACAUCCACGCCCACGUCAGACUGCCACGUCGGAUGCACUGACCAGGUACACGCGGUCACUCCAUAGCACACCGCGCAUCGCAGCAUUCUCGGGAACAUGCCCGCACACUAACCCGACCAGACUACUCCCUCCUUGCGCAGCGCGAUCCUCGCUUCCGCCGCUUCGCCUCACCGCGCGGCUCCGAUGCUCGCCGCGUCCUUCUGGGGUCCUCCCCGCGCGCCAUCGCCGUGCCUCGCGCAGCCCGCCAGCCGCCCGCUGCUCGCUCCCCAUGCCGCGCUCUCCCCGUCCUGCGCCGCCCCUAGCAGCGGCCUCUGCGCCUCUGCCCCGCUGAAGCCGCCCGCCACCACCGGCACGCGCAAUGCACGCGGAAGAGAGGAUAGCGGAAGCGAGAAGCGCGGAAGAGAGGAGCGCGGAAGCGAGAAGCGCGGAAGCGAGGAGCGCGGAGGAGAGGAGUGGGGGAGAGAGGAGUGCGGAGGAGAGGAGUGGGGGAGAGAGGAGCGCGGAGGAGAGGAGUGGGGGAGAGAGGAGUGCGGAGGAGAGGAGUGGGGGAGAGAGGAGCGCGGAGGAGAGGAGUGGGGGAGAGAGGAGCGCGGAGGAGAGGAGUGGGGGAGGGAGGAGCGCGGAGGAGAGGAGUGGGGGAGAGAGGAGUGCGGAGGAGAGGAGUGGGGGAGGGAGGAGCGCGGACAAGCAGGGAAUACGCGAGGCGGAAAUGGAGUGGCGGGCGGCGAUGGUGCGAUGAACGCGCGGAGUCGCAGGGAGGCGCGCAGGGCGAAGGAGCGCGCGCUGCUGAAGGCGCUGGUGGCGGCGGGGCAGGGCGGAAAGCUGACGGCAGGGGAGCGCGCUGCUAAGGCGGUGCGCAUGGUGACGCCCGCGCUCAUGCGCGCAGUGAGGGGGAAGCGAUCGGCGGAGAGAGAGGCGGAAUGGUCAAGGGGCGAGGGGGAGGAGGGGGGGAUGGAGGAGGCGGGAUUGGACGAAAUGGGGGGCGCGGACGGCGAGCAGCAGGGCGGUGGAGGGGGAGAGGGGAUGAGGGGCGUGGAGGUGAACGUGCGGCAUGUGGCUGCUGCGGUCAAGGUGUGCAUGGAGGCGGGCGACAUGGCGCGGGCAGAGCAGGUGGUGCGGCUGGCGUGGGCGGCGGGGGGAGCAGCGGAGCCCAACUGCCGCGUGCUCACCGUGCUGGCCAGAGGGUACUGCAGGGCGGGGCAGCGGCGACACGCGUACGCGCUGCUGCAGCAUAUGGAGCAGCGCGGCCCGCCCCCCGAUGCGGCGGCGUUCCACGUGGUCAUGGAGGGGGAGAGCCACGUGGAGGGAGUCAGAGGCGUGCUGGCUACCAUGCGCAGAUGCCACGUGGCACCCACUGAGAGGACGUUCAGUGUGGCCAUAGCAUGUGUGGGCAGGGCGGGGGACGUGGCAGCAGCAGAGGCGCUGUGGGCAGACAUGAGGGCUGCUGGCAUCCACCCCUCGCCCUAUGUGUUCUCCGCCCUCGCACAUGCGUAUGCACAGGCUGGCAUGGUGGACAAGUGCGCUGCAGUGGUUCACCAGAUGGAGACAAGCCUUGCCGCCCAGACCAGGGCAAACGGGGGAAGAGCCAAGGGCAGCAGGCUGUUAGACCCCUCUGACAGAGCCGCCCACACAGCGUCCACUUCAGCAGGCCGCCAUGUGGCGCGGCAGGACAGCGAUUGCAGUGGGGCAAGCGAGGGGGACGCGGCAUGGGCAGGCAGGGGUGAUGGCGAAGGAAUGCCAGCUAUCGGGGGGUGGGGGGAUGGCGUGGGUCAUGAGGGGAGGAGGGGAGCCGUGGGAGUGCAGACGAGGGGGCAUGAGGCGAAGAGAAGAGGGGGGAAGGGCGUGAAGGAGAGCAUGGGCAGGGAUCAAGUGGGGGGGCAAGGAGGGAAGAGACGGGCACACAGGGUUGCGGUGGAGGGUGAGGCGCAAGGGAGGGGUGUGGUGGUGGAUGGGGGGAAGGGGAAGUCAAGGGCCAUGGCACACGGGCAGGCAACGACGAGGGCCUUGCUGACAUCAGCGCACAACAUUCUGAUUGGUGCCCAUGCGGAACGCGGUGAUGCCGAUGCGGCCGUGGCGGUGCUGAGAGGGUUGCGGCGCAAAGGCCUGCAGCCGUGCAUGCGCAGCUUCAAUGGGGCGGCGCAUGCGUGCAUGCGGGCGAAGCGGGUAGAGCGCGCUGUGCGGCUGCUCAGACAGGCGGAGCGGGAGGGCCUCGCCCCCACUGCUGCCACCUUCGCGCUUCUCAUUCAAGCGGCGGGUCACCUGCGCAGGGCGGCGAUGGUGGAAGACACUCUUCGCACCAUGCAGCACAGGGGUUUCCCAUACGAUGCAGUGACGUACCGCUGUGCGGUGUACGCCUUGGUGCGGUGCGGCGAGGGCGGCAGGGCGCUGGAGGCGCUGCAGGAGAUGGUGACAGCGGGCCACCCCCCCGCCAUGACUGUGCCGGACGUGCUCAUCAAGAGUGUGGACGGCGCAUUGCUGCUCGAGUGCACGCGGGCUGCCCCGGGUGGCAAUCUGCGUCAGUUCCUGCGAGAGAUGAGGGGCGCUGGUCUCAUGCCCACGGCGUCCACCUCGGCGCACCUCGUUCAGUUGCUCGCAUCCUCGCACUCGCCCUCCCAUGCCCUAGAUGCUGCUCACGAGCUCGCUGCAGCUGGCGUGGGCCAGUUAGGAGAUGCCACGUGGCAUGCCAUUGGGCAGGCAGUGUGGCAGGAUUCCAACCACAACCCUCAAGAGGCGGCCGUGGCAGCGCAGCGGCUGCUGGCAGCAGUGGAGGCGGACGGCUGCACUGUGAGCAGGGAGCUGCACGAGGUGGCCAUCGCGGUGCACGUGCGUAGUGGCGACGGCGCGGCAGCCAUGCGCCUGCACCGACUCAUGGAGGCCGCCCAUGCCGCCCUGCCUGCCGCCCAUGGCGUGGCGCUUGCCGUCGAGGCCAGUAGCCCCCCCCUUGCUCAUGCCUCUCAUGCAUCUCCAAGUGCACCUUUGGGAGGCACACUUGCGCUGUUGCCCGCCUGCCAGGGAGGUGCUUCCGUGCGAGGAGAUGGCGGUGCGGCCGAGGGAGGGAGAGGGAGGGAGUUUGUGAGGGGAGGUGAUGGGGCGGUUCUGAACGGGAGUGGAUGUGAGGCGUGGUUACAGGUGGAGGGAGGUGGAGGGAGGCAUGAUGGUGGGGACGGGGCGAGGGCACGCGGAAUGGGAGAGGAGGAUGGGAGGGAGGUUGCUGAAGACGGAGUAGUGCGGGCUCAUGGUGGUCUGCCGCUGGUCCCUGCAUCUGCCACUGCCACCACCCCCCCCGAGGAACCUAAGGAGCUCAGCAGGCACAGUCACAAGAGGGGUGGCAGACGAGAACACACUGAUGCCAGGAGUAUUGCUGUGCGGGGCAGUGAUGGGAACAGUGAAGGGGGCGGCAGCAGCGGCGUGGUGGACUGUUCAGCUGAUCGCAUGUUUCUUGAAGCCAUUGAUGCGGCUCUCACCCACGCCCUUGCUCAGGUGUGCCCUCCUCCGUUGUGGGUGUAUCCAUUGAUCCCAUUGGACUGUUUCUUUCGCUUCUCACUUCAACACCGUAGCGGUUCGUUUCGUGUGUUCUGCUUGCCAUUGCCUUGGAGCCUAAGUGCGCCAUGCCUGGUUGCUUCUGCCGCACAGGACAUCUCGCGUGCCCCCCCUGCAGCUGCCCCACCACACUACAGCAGCAGCAGCACGGGCAGUGGGCUAGGGAAUGUGAGCCGAAGGGAAGGCGGCGCUGGCAGUGGGGGGGGGAAGCAUGGGGGCAGCAGGGAGGGAUGGACAGGGAACGGGGCUAACUUUAAUGGGGCUGGCAGAAUGGGCAGGGGGGGGAAGGGUACAGCUUUUUUGGAUGAGGAGACAGCAGCUGGGAAGGGGAAGAUUGAAGUAGAUGCAAGUGGCGUUUCUGGAUUAGUUGCCGACUUUGCUGCUUCGGGCAUUCGAGUCAAGCCACGAGCUGUCCAGAGUGCCAUCCGCCACUUGAUGCAGCACGAGGAUGACCAGGGAGCAGGGGAUCCAAUGGUGGCUGCCACCCCUGCACGUCCCUCAGAGGCCCUUUCACUGGAACCCACUGCCAUUCCCAUCCGCCGUCCAGCAGCAGCAGUGGCAGGAAAAGAAAGCAUGGUGGUGAGGGGAGAAAGCAGUGGGGAUGACGCAGAGUGGAUGGGCAGCAGUGGCAGUAGGGCCAGCAGUGGGAGCAGUGACAAUAGUGGCAGUAGUGGAGGCGUUGGCAGUGGCGGUGGCGCUGGUGGAGGUGAGGAGGGAGUGCCGUGGCUUGACCGAGCCAUCAGCCUGGUUGAUGCUCUUCCACGACUGUUCUCCCAGCAGCCAACGGCCUACGUCUACGCAGAGCUACUAAGUGCGUGUGUGCGCAAGCGCCAGUGGCGGCAGGGGGAGCAGCUGUGGCAGCAGAUGGGGGCGGCGGGGGUGCAGGCGGACGUGGCGUGCUGGCAGGCACGGCUGCGCUGCCUGGGGGCGCUCAGCCGUGUGGGGGGCAACACACACUCGCUGCUGGCAGAGGCCGCUGCUGCUGGCACCGGAAUGGAGCGACACCCAGAGCUGCUGCGCGUGCUGCUGAGAGAGUGCCAACGGGCCAAUGAUGGCGAUGGGGCAGCCUUUGUUCGCAACAUGCUCGCCAUGUCUCAGCGCAACUCAUAGUUCGUCUUUGCCACAUUGAGUAUGGGCCAUACUAGUGAAUCUUGGGGGUGGGUCUUUUAAGGAAACCUGUAAAUAAAUUACCCGGGUCAUGUCUCGUACACAUGCAGAGUCUUUAUUUCAGCGUGUAGUUGUGUUCUUCGUUUACAUCAAAGUCUCAUUGUCGAGUAUUCA